GUUCUAAUCGCACACCGGUAAACAACGCAACCCCGACGCCGAAGAUGAGCACCUUCCCGGGCACGGUGCCGGAGCUGCCCGGUAUCGGGAUCGAUCGGUUCGACCAGCCGGUCCGGGAUCGGGCCACACUCUUCUUCCUGUCCCAUUGCCACGUCGAUCACAUGCAGGGCCUGCCGGACGCGGCGCCACUGCCCGGUCCGCUCUACGUCAGUCCGCACACGGCCGUCAUUGUCGGCCUCCGGCACCCGCAGCACACGCUCGUCCCGGUGCCGGUCCGGGAGCAGCUGAACCUCACCGUACGACCGCCGGCCGGACCGGCCUACGAGCUCUGCGUCCGGACCGUGCCCGCCGAGCACUGUCCCGGCUCGGUGAUGUUCUACUUCGAAACGAAAACGGUCCGGCUGCUGUACACGGGCGACUUUCGCCUGUCGUCCGCCAGCCUGACCGCGAUCGCCCGGUACCGGGUGCGGCCGACCAUCGUUUACCUCGACAGCACCUUUCUCGACCGGCGGUACGCGUACUUCCCACCGCGGCAGGCCAGCAUGGACCGGAUAGUGGAGCUGUGCUCGCGCUGGCUGUCGCACGACCGGCGCAACGUUGUCGCACUAUGGCCACCGGCAUCGUACGGCUCGGAGGAGCUGUUCUGUCAGCUGGCGAGCCGGCUGCACCAGCGGAUACACGUGUACGCUGCCCAGCGCGAACCGUACAACCAUUUCGCGGUGCUGGAUGACGUCUUUACGGACGAUGCGGCCGGUGCGCGGAUACACGCUUGUCGGGGGAAAACACUACAGCACGGGGUGGCAUGUCGGGCGGCGAAGCCGGAGGAGAAGCAUUUCGACUUUGUGAUGACGAUCCGUCCGACCGCGCGCCGCUGGUGCAACCUGCGCCCGGGGGAACCAUUCUGGCAGCAAUCUGGCAGUGGCAAUCUAUGGUACGUGUGCUACUCCUCCCAUGCCAGCAGCACGGAGCUGGUCGAAUUCCUGCGCAGCCUGCAGCCGGACGUGCGAGACAUUCGCUUCAGCGUGGUGGCGGACGAGCUGGAUCGGGCCGGGAAGGAAACGUUGCUGUGCGAGCUGCUGGAACCGGCUGGCAACGAGCUAGUGCCGCCCGGGGAAGAACCGCAGCGACUGCACUGCCUACCGCUGGGUGCCUUUAAAGUCAAAGCCAAGCUCAAGCCAAGCAAAGAAAGUGACAGUGAGCCGGAGGGCGACCACGUGGAGGACGAUGAGUUACACCGACGGCCGAUGAAAAUGGCACGGCGAACGGGUUCGGAUUGAGAUGGUAGAUGGUAGAUAGGUUAUAUACAAUAAUUGUUUUAUAUAAUUAAACACUGUUUUAUAAAAUUGGAAUAAACUCCAAUUCCAUUCCGCCUUUCAA